AUGAAAGCAAGUCGAGACAUCAUCACCGCCGUGGGGCUUACUGUCCUGUAUGAGCCAGAGGAUCCAAACGCUGCCGUCGCCGAUGUAGUAUUCGUCGCCGGCAUUGGUGGCCACCCCGUCAAGACAUGGCUCUACACACCGCCCACCGAAGUUCCCAAAUUACCUCCAGCUUCCAAACUUCCCCGGAGAGCACGCUCCUUCCGAUCAAAAGACGCCAAGGUCCUCACAAAGCUUAACCCGGCCCUGUCCAAGUCCUCCUCCCACCUCCGCCUUCUCUCCCAAGACAGCAUCCAGACACAGACCGAACAGGAACAACAGCAGCAGCAGGCCUCCUCAGCGGAGCCGGCGCCGGAAAUCUAUUGGCCGUUAGAUCUGCUGCCUCACUCGUGCCCGUCGACGCGUAUUCUCACCUGGGGGUGCAGUACGGUGGCGCCCAAUGGGCGGCUGCAGGCGAAUCAGAAUGAUAUUUUUGCGCAUGCCGAGGAUUUGUUGCAGGAGCUUACAUUGUUGCGCAAUGAGACGAAUACGGUGACGAGACCGGUCAUUUUUGUUACCCACUCGCUUGGUGGUGUAAUUGUGAAAGAGGUCCUCCGCCGCUCCGAAGCCGAUUUUGAAACUCAUGCGCGUGACCUCCUCCCUUCCACCUCAGCCGUCAUCUUCCUCGCCUGUCCCCACCGCGCCAGCGAGCACGCCAAGCUCACCGACGCCGUGCGGUCCAUGGCCAGCGUGUGUCUGGAUAUCCCUGCCGGCGACCACGCGCUGCAGUAUCUCACGGGUACGAGCGGGUUCGAGAUCGAUCUGGGGCGGGAAGCAUUUGCGCGCAUGUGGAAUGAUUAUAACUUUAGGGUUAAGACCUUUCAGGAGAAUUUGCCGGUGGAUGAGAAGAAGAGGCAGUCUGCCGCUGAUUUUGAGGUGAGGAGAGCGUCGAGCGCCAUUGGCGAUCCGAGGGAGAGUGCCGAAACUUUCCAGGCCACCCACCUUGACAUUUGCAAGUUCCGAUCAUCGCAGGAUCAAAAUUACAAGAUAUUGCUUUCUUCGCUGUCCUCCUUUAUAUUAAACGAAACCCACAAACGCCGCGAGUUAAACUCGAAAGAAAAGGAAUGCCUACGAGCUCUCCUUCCUCCCGGCUCGGCCUUCCGAGACACGCAACCCACCGCCUCCUACCCUGGAACCUGCCUCUGGCUCUACGACAUCCCCGAGUUCCAAGCCUGGCACCACCGCCAAAGCGGCUACAAGAACAAGCUCCUCUGGAUCAAGGGGAAGCCCGGCUCGGGGAAGACGAUCCUGCUCAAGUCCCUCCGGAACCGCGUGGACAAGCAGUGGACCUCGGCCGGCAGCAGCGUCAUCUGGAGCGUGGCUGAGGGCCGCGACCUUGACACGGUGUUCUACCUACCUAGUCAGAACAGGCGGUAUGGACCUAACCCAGCGGGGGUGUAUCGCAGUUUAUUGGGCCAGCUCUUUCCCCAGGAUUUGAAGUUGCGCAAAGCCAUGUUGGCGCUAUAUGAGCGCAACGAAAAGUCCGGCGCGGAAACGCCCAUCAGCGACGCCCAGAUCGUAUCCUUCUUCCUAGACGAUUACAUCGACCAAGUCAUCGAAACACCAACGAAACGAACCUUUAUCUUCGUCGACGUAGCCGACGACUGCGGCCCCGCAUAUCUCCAAGACCUUCUAGGCCACCUCGCUCAAAUGGCGCGUAACUCCGACUUUAGCAUCUGCAUCGCCUCCAAUCACUACGCAAGCGUCCAGCACCACGACACCAUCGAGGUUGUCAUGCGCGAGCACAACACGGACGACAUCCUCCGGUACAUAAGCCUCAACCUCAUCGCCGAGUGGGAGGACCGGAACAUCACAGUGCAUCGGAUCGCUGAUAAAGCCAACGGCGUGUUUCUGUGGGCAGAGAUUGUCGUCAAUAUUCUCAACGCCGCUAUUGAGGAGGGCGCUAUGCAGGAGCUUAUAGACGAUACCAUUGCUGAGCUCCCCGCCGAGAUCGACGGGCUGUACGAGUGGAUCCUGAGCACGCUUUCUCCUGAGGAGAAAGAUGACGCACUCUGCUUGAUGCAAUGGGUCAUCCUCGCCUCCGAGCCCUUACGACUAAACGACCUUCGCGUAGCCGUGCGCCUCACGCGGCCCUGGAACCCGCAGAAAUCGUCCCCCCUCGCUGCGUUGCAGGUCCACCAACCUCCCACAUCGAUCCGGCACAUCCGCCGCCCGGGGAGCGCCACCUUCGAAUCACCCUACCAAUUCCACCGCUUCAUGCGCUCCCGCUCCGUCGGACUCCUCGAACUCAAACCCGACACCCGCGACGGCGUCACGCACGAACCGCUCGGUCUGCAACGCGUACAAGUCAUCCACGACUCCGUACGGAGCUUCUUCCUUUCGGGCAGGGGAUACGCCUGUCUCGCGGGUGAAAAAGCCGCAUCGACCGCGACAUUUCCCGACGCCGCGCAUUACGUCCUGCUGAGAGCUUGUCUGGAUUACCUCAACAUGUCGGAUUUCGAAUCUCUUGGCAAUGGGCCGCUGUCACCGCAGACACCGCCGACGCCAUACGAGGCCGAGAGUAAAUUCUGGCGCAGGAACGUGACGGAUCAACGGAACCUCGUCAUGUCGUCUUACCCGUUCCUGCAAUACGCCGUCGACAACCUUCUCUACCACCUUCUCUCCCCCUUACCCUUCCGCUACUUCUUCCCACAGAUGGCUCUCCUCAGACUCCUGUCCUCCAACCGCUCCCGUCUCUGGCGGAGAUGGACGUCCCUCCUCGGGGCGACGACGCCCUCUACCAUCCUCUCCGCGUCUAAAUCGGCUGAAGAUCUCCUUACGCCUUUAUACCCCGCCCGCUUCGCCCUCGAACGUGUCCUCCGCACCCUCUCCCGCCUGUCUUCGCCCCCCUCCCCCACAGCAGAGGCACCUACGUCUCCUUCCUCAGUCCUAGCGAGCAGUAGCAGCGCCAUGGGCCUUUCGUCCCCGCGGUCCCCUUUGUCACCAAUCACGCCCAGAUCCGCGAGCGAAGUCACGACGCUGUGGAGUGCUGCGAGGGGCGGCGCGAGCACGGGAACGGGAACGGGGUUCGGGAGUUUGAGGACGCCGCUUACGCCGCUGAGUCCCGGGGGGGAUUUUUUGAAUUUGGGGGUUUUGUGGGAGGGGGAGGAUGGGAAGAGUCAUGAGCAGGGGUAUGUUUUUCGGGAGGUGAGCGCUUAG